AUGGCGAACGUAAUGCGACUGCUAGGGAUACGUUCCCGAAACCGAACCGACGACGGAUCCCUCUGCAAACUAACUCUGAACGUCGACGAAGCCGACGACCAAGUCGAGGAGCCGGCUACUCCUUCUGGUGGUGCGACGCUGCCCGGUCCGACCGGCCCGGUUGAGCUGGUAUACGUCGUUGAUGGUCUUCCGGUGCCACCGAAGGCUUUCAACGUUGAAGUGGUACGGGACGCCCUCCGGUAUCAGGCGCGACCGAGCGACGUAUUCGUGGCCGCCUACCCAAAGACGGGCGUCACGUGGACACAGUGCAUCGUCUGGAUGCUCCUGAACUUGGACCGAUUGGACAAGGGAGUGCCGUACUUCAAGGAUAUUGUGACACGGCAUGUGCCCUUCCUGGAGCUCGUUGGCCGAAAGGUGGUCGAAGAGCUUCCCGAGCCUCGCAUUAUCAAGCACCACCUCCCGUUCUGGCUAUCCCCGUACCACCCGCUAGCCAAGUACGUCGUCGUCGUGUGCAACCCUUUCGACUGCGUCGUCUCCUUCUACCACCACUGCCGAGCGGAGCCGUCCAUGGGCCUCCCGCCGGGAACCACGUUCGAUGACUUCUUCGAGCAGUUCCUGGAGGCGCGCGUACCCUUCGGUUCGUACUUCGACCACGUCUUGUCCUGGUACGCCCGCCGCGACGACUCCAACGUCCUCUUCUUCUAUUACGAGACGCUCAAGCAACGGCCAGCCACCGUGACACUCGAAAUCGCCGACUUCCUGGACACCACCGUAGCAGCGAAGCUUCGCGCAGACGAGCGACUCCUACGGUACGUGGUCGACAAGACGUCCUUCAGCAGUCUCAAGACCAGCCCCUUUUCGCCUGCCCCAUUCGGUCGCAGCGCGGGGACGCCUCGUCUAAAAGGAGGCGAACCACUGGACAACCUUAUAGCGAAUCACUUCCGCAAGGGUGAAGUGGGUGAGUGGAAGCGUCACCUCAAGCCAGACCAGGCGCGGCGCCUACAGCAGCUAUGCGAAGAAAGGAUUGGAGGAACCAAGAUGUGGUACAUGUGGCAGAAGUGGAUGGAGUGA